AUGAUCAUCCUCUCGGACACUCACGGGGAUGACCUAAAGAAUGUAUCCCUCCCUAGCGCUGAUGUGGUCCUUCACUGCGGCGACCUCACCAACGACUCACGGUUCGCGGAGCUCGAGAGAACCCUAGCGGUGCUGCGUGCCAUUGACGCGCCUCUGAAGCUGGCAAUACCCGGGAACCACGACUUCAGCCUCGAGCCCACAAUCACCCAGCUCAGCAACAGCGACAAGACAAGAGUAGCGGAGGAUGACGCCGACUCCAAGGCCUCGUGGGAGAUCCUCCGCCACGCCGCCCAGCAUGAUAGAAUCUUCCUCCUUCCACAAGGAACGCAUACCUUCAUCCUGCCCCCCGACGUAGGCGGCGUAGGCGGUGGUGGGGGGCGCCUCCGGCUCUUCGCGAGCCCGCUAACGCCGCGGUGCGGCAACUGGGGCUUUCAGUACGGCCGGUCAAACCCUCACAAAUGGGCCAUACCUCCGACAACGCAGAACGGAGACGGGGCAGUAGACGUAGUGAUGACGCACGGCCCGCCGAGGGGCAUCCGUGACGGGACGGGGACGGGGAUGCAAGGCGGUGUGGCGCCGGGUGCCGGGUGCGCGGGACUGCUGGCAGCUGUGGAGCGCGCGCGGCCGCGCGUGCACUGCUUCGGGCAUAUCCAUGGGGCAUGGGGCGCUGAGAUAAUCGCCUGGAAGCGCGAGAGGGCUGCUAGUGCUCCGAUCUACAGCAACUUGGUUGAUGCACAGCGUUCCUGGGUCGUAGCGAGCUUGCUGCCGGCUACCAAGGUUACUAAUAGUGCUGGAGAGUGCAGCCUUGGUCCCCCGCCCACGAGGACGCUGCGGUAUCCCUCCCAGUCAAGGGAGGAGGGGCACUGCUGCGUCGUAGACAUCUCUUCAGACGGAGAGCACUUCGUGGAACGGGGCGCGCAGACGCUCUUCGUAAACGCGGCGGUGGAGCUCCGGUCCAGGCCGCCUCGAAUGCCGUGGAUGGUUGACAUAGACUUGCCGGUGGCAGGCGAGGAGGACGCUACUGCGGCCGCUGAGACCAUGUAUCGGUUGCUGCUGAGGAGCUCUGGAGAUAGAGAAAAGCUCCGAGGAGAAGAACGUGUCGCACGUGUCUCACGCGAUAUCAUACCCAUUCAGCCCAGAGCUCUAUCAAGCUCCUUAGACCUUACAGUACACUCGUACAAUCCACUUUGUUUGGAUCUCACUACCUUGUUGACUCGCUUCCCAUAUGACCCCUUCUUAGCUCAUGCAAGAGAACGCUCCCAGGAGAAGACAGCCCCUGAGAGAGGAAAGCUUCGGGGAGACGAUGGCUUCCAGGAGAGAAGCGCUCUGGGGAGAAAGCUUCCAGGAGAAGGGAGCUCCCAGGAGAAACGUCGACCAUUCUUGGUCUCCAGCAAGCCUAGUUGUGGCCCGAUUUCAGACCUUCAUGCUGCUCAGGAAUGGAAUCGGGCACAGUCAUGCUAG